AUGCAUCGGCGUGCACUAGAGGGGUGCGAGAAGAUUCUUGGACCAGACCACCCAAACACCCUAACAAUUGUUAGCAACAUGGCUUCCAUUCUCCAAGACCAAGGAAAGCACAAUGAAUCGGAGACGAUGAAUCGGCGUGCACUAGAGGAGCGCCAGAAGUUUCUUGGACCGGACCACCCAGAAACCCUAAUAAGU